CCUGAUUCCAAACAAACUCCGUAGCGCGUAUACUGUAUCCCAUUCAGGUCUGAGGUCAAGGUGGGUCUUUACUCUUUUCCUUUCCUAGGUUUCAUAAAGAGUACAUAAAGGACCAAAACCACCAUCAAACCUUCUCCCUCAACAAGUCCCGAUCAAAUCUCAUAAACGCCGCGUCGGCGAGUACCACAAUUGGACAGGAAUUUAAGUAGAUGGAUCGAGGGAAGAAGCCAAGUAACCUCUUUGGUAAAAACAGCAAGAUUUACAUGGACCUGAAAGAUAUAGUAAGGGAGAAUGCUCUUCCUUUCCUUCCAGCUAAAUCACUUCGUAGGUGCAGAGGAGUUUGCCGGGACUGGAAGCUCACUAUCUCUACUCCUUUCUUUGCCCACAAUCAGUCAAACAGUUUCAAUCAUGUCUCAGGCUUUUUUGUUCAAACUGCACCUGGUGUGCCAUCAUUUGUAUCCCUUGAUCCUACGGUCUAUGGGGUUCCAGAUCCAUCUUUAAGUUUUCUUCCUGAACCUGUUGAUAUUAGGUCUUCUUCAAAUGGACUACUUUGCUGCCAGGGGCGCACUGGAUAUAGGGCCUACUACAUUUGCAAUCCUGUUACCAAGCAGUGGAGGAAACUUCCCAAACCAGAAGCUGAUCAUGGGACUGACCCUGUUGUUGUGCUUAUCUUCGAACCAUCAUUGCUGAACUUCAUUGCUGAGUAUAAAUUGAUCUGUGCCUUUCCUUCUGAACUUGAUGGAAUUGAGUUUGAGAUCUUUUCAUCCGAAAAUGGAUCGUGGAGAAUUUCUGCUGACAUUUGCUUUGGUGAGGCAAGUCUCAUUCCAACAUCUGGUGUUUAUGUGAAUGGCACUGUUUAUUGGCUGUCUAGUCGAGGACUUCUUGCACUUGAUCUUACAACCGAGCGUUCUAAAAUCCUCUACCAUGGACCUGGGACCUUGGGUGUGAUGAACAAAAAGCUUUGUGCAGCUUACUUACAUGGCAAUCAGCGAUUAAAUGUGUCUUUACUGUCUAAUACUCACUCAAACACAAUGCAAAUGCACAGCCAGGCCAAGACGUGGGUCUCACUGAAACCUAGUAUUAAUCCAAAUCUUCCAGUACCUGUGGCUACAAAUAAUUGUUAUGCUGGUGAAUACGAUUAUUACACUCCCAUUAGGUCUGAAGUUCGGGAUGGUGUACUGUUUGUUGAUGGAGAUGUGGUGUUAAUUAGGGCUGGGGGCACCCUCUAUUCAUAUGACAUGAAGAAGAAGACUACUGCAACUUUGGGUGAAGUUGAUAGCAGAGCAAGGAUUUUCGGUUACGUGAAUAGCCUUGUUGAGCUCAAUACCUCCUCUUAACUUGCAAUACUGUGUGGUCAUGAAAAUGACACCAACUUGCAUAGGGUUGUUGUGAAUGGUGCUAAUUUUUGGUAUAUGGUCGUUUAGAGCUUUUGUGUUGUUAGGUAAUAACUCAUUGCCUAUUUGGACAUUCUAAUGUCUAAAACUUUGGCUUUAUAUGUUCCUAAUACUAAAUUGUUAUGUUUCGAGUGUUAAAUGGAUUUGGAAGU